ACUAGCCAGCUACAUGAGUUGAAUCUGUCUCCCCCUCCUGUCUCCUCUCCUCGAUUCUUUUCCACUCAGUUGCUCGCAGUUUAAAAUGGCGGCGUUGAGCAACGCCGAGUCCCCACCGCCCGUCUUCAACGGUGACACGAUGGACCGAGACCCGGAGCGGGAGCGGGGACUGGACGAGCUGGGAGCCUGCCUGGACCCGGCCUGUUCGGUGGGAAUCCCGGAAUGUCCGCAGGACGAGGAGAUCUGGAAUAUCAAACAGAUGAUCAAGCUGACACAGGAGCACUUAGAGGCACUGCUGGACAAGUUUGGAGGAGAAUGUAACCCCCCGUCCAUAUAUCUGGAGGCCUAUGAGGAGUACACCAGUAAGCUUGAUGCUCUGCAGCAGAGGGAACAGCAGCUCCUGGAAGCCAUGGGGAACGGGACAGACUUCUACUCCUCCUCCCCUACGCCCCCUUCCCUCCUGGAUGGGGUACGAGCUGUUUUGGGGGAUCCGGGCGCCCAGGCCCUCCUCCCCUCCGCCACCAACUCCCCUGGCUGUCCUCCAGACCCCUACGACGGACGUGCCAACCCCCGCUCCCCUCAGAAACCCAUCGUCAGGGUGUUCCUGCCCAACAAACAGCGGACCGUGGUCCCAGCCCGCUGUGGCAUGACUGUCAGAGACUCGCUGAAGAAGGCUUUAAUGAUGAGGGGCCUAAUCCCAGAGUGCUGUGCGGUCUACAGGAUACAGGAUGGAGAGAAGAAGCCUCUAGGCUGGGACACAGACAUCUCCUGGCUGACGGGGGAGGAGCUACACGUGGAAGUGCUGGAGAACGUUCCGCUGACCACACACAACUUUGUGAGGAAGACGUUCUUUACGUUGGCGUUCUGUGAUUUUUGCCGGAAGCUUCUGUUCCAGGGGUUCCGAUGUCAGACGUGUGGCUAUAAGUUCCAUCAGCGCUGCAGCACAGAGGUGCCGCUCAUCGCCAACUACGACCAGCUGGAUUUGUUGCUGGUGUCCAAGUUCUUUGAGCACCACCCCAUCACCCAGGAGGAGGUGUCAUCAGAGGGCACCACCCCCGUGUCCGAGGUCUGCCCCUCACUGCCCCCGUCCGACUCCACUGGGUCCCUGUGCCAUGCCAGUGUGUCCCCGUCCAAGUCCAUCCCGAUCCCCCAGAAUUUCAGGCCCGGAGAAGAGGACCACAGGAACCAGUUUGGCCAGAGAGACCGCUCCUCCUCCGCUCCCAAUGUCCAUAUCAACACCAUCGAACCCGUCAACAUAGACGACUUGAUUCGAGACCAAGGUUUACAGAGGUCAGAAGGAGGGUCGACCGCAGGGCUGUCGGCCACGCCCCCGGCCUCGCUGCCUGGCUCAUUGACCAAUGUGAAGGCUCCUCAGAAGUCUCCGUGUCCACAGAGAGAGAGGAAGUCCUCGUCCUCGUCUGACGACCGCAAUAAGAUGAAAACCCUGGGCAGACGGGACUCUAGCGAUGACUGGGAGAUCCCAGAAGGUCAGAUCACCCUGGGUCAGAGGAUAGGAUCUGGAUCCUUUGGGACCGUCUUCAAGGGCAAGUGGCACGGUGACGUUGCGGUGAAGAUGUUGAACGUUACAGCUCCCAACCCACAGCAGCUACAGGCCUUUAAGAACGAAGUGGGAGUCCUCCGGAAGACGCGUCACGUCAACAUCCUGCUGUUCAUGGGCUACACCACCAAGCCUCAGCUAGCCAUCGUGACCCAGUGGUGUGAAGGCUCCUCCCUCUACCACCACCUACACAUCAUAGAGACCAAGUUUGAGAUGAUCAAACUGAUAGACAUCGCCCGGCAGACCGCACAGGGCAUGGAUUACCUGCACGCCAAAUCCAUCAUCCAUAGAGACCUGAAGAGCAACAACAUCUUCCUGCACGAGGACCUGACCGUGAAGAUCGGAGACUUCGGCCUGGCCACUGUGAAGUCACGCUGGAGCGGCUCCCACCAGUUUGAACAGCUCUCUGGCUCCAUCCUGUGGAUGGCCCCAGAAGUGAUCCGCUUGCAGGAUAAGAACCCAUACAGCUUCCAGUCUGACGUUUACGCCUUCGGGAUAGUUCUCUAUGAGCUGAUGUCCGGGGCUCUGCCCUACUCCAACAUCAAUAACAGAGAUCAGAUAAUCUUCAUGGUGGGUCGGGGCUACCUGUCUCCUGACCUCAGUAAGGUGCGCUCCAACUGUCCUAAAGCCAUGAGGAGGCUGAUGGCUGACUGUAUGAAGAAGAAGAGGGAGGAACGACCCCUAUUCCCUCAGAUCCUGGCGUCCAUUGAGCUGCUGGCGCGUUCUUUACCCAAGAUCCACCGCUCCGCUUCGGAACCCUCACUGAACCGAGCCGGGUUCCAGACGGAGGACUUCAGCCUGUACGCCUGUGCAUCCCCCAAAACCCCGAUACAGGGGGGAUACGGGGAGUUUUCAGCAUUUAAAUAAGACGCUGAUCCAGAUUCCGCCAGUCAGCCAGUCCAUCCCUCGUCACUCUUCAACCAGUCUUGUGUUCCUGCGGUGGAUUACUUCAUCCAUUAACCAAAAAACAAACAUACUAGUCUCAAAGAACGUCAGUUUUCCUCUUUCAACACCUGAAGACAGACGGACAGAUAGACAGACGGCCUCUUCCUCUCUCCGCCCCACGCCGCGGGAGUUCUAAAGAUUAUACCAGCUCCGCUGGGGAAUCACCACAUCGAAAAAACUCAACUACAAAAUCUGUUUUUAAACAGGAAAACUUGAAUAACACAUAACAGGAUAAACAAAUGAA